CCGACAUCAGUAGAGCUUGCGGGGUAUGUUUGGAUGUCUUGUAACACUGAACGAGGCACAUCAUCAAAGAAGGUGACGCGAUUUUUCUACAAGUUGUUGAGAUUUAUAUACAAGGGAGCAGUGGUACUAAGUUCUUCUUGUGUCCACAAUGGCAUGUAGAGCACAUCUGGAAUCACCAAUACAAUCCCGUCGCAGUGUGCUUGCGAGAAUGACUGUGCAGUUCUCGAUUGGCGACUCUUUCAGUCCAAUUGGGUCCACUAAGUCUACUGAGCAUCACAAAACGGGUGCCUACAAUUGCCGACUGAACGUGUUUGGAAAUGAUUUGCACUCAAACUUUUUUGAUCCAUCAAAGUAAACAAGUCCGUCUCUGAAAAAAAUAGCACGCGCUUCUUAUUUCUGACCAACUUCCACAUCACUUUGUACAUGAACACUAACUUUUGUAUCCCAAUCGUGCUAGUAAAGACUACUACAUAUUUGCGGCGAGAGAUUCCACUUCCGACAAAGCUUUUUCAGCGAUGACAUUGUUCAUUGUACAGAUGUAGAGAUUAUGACGCUCAGAUCCGACAUGAAUUCGAGCCAGCUAAUGACAUAAUCCACCUCGGGGAAUCGUGAGAAGAACUGAUUACUACAGCAAACGAAAACGCCAUCUUGCAAUACGUCGGAAUCACCCCAACACGUUCACAGCGCAAUUUCCUGCUGCUUCCUCCUUUUCAUAUAUUCUUCCCCCUUGCUGAUAAGAUAGGCCAACGGAGUGACGUUUUGCUCGCGCAGCACUCAUAUGCUUCAGGCCGUUGGUGUCACUAAUUCAUUUCAUGAUCUCGUUCU